ACUAAACGAUUGCUCGGUGCAUUACUAUGCGACAUUUAUGGCAAGCAACAGCAAGUGGCUCAACGUAGACCAAAACAAGGACAAUUGGCCAGAAUGGCUAGUGGUAUGAGCGGCAGUCCUUCAGAUCUGGCAAGACUCAAUGUGAGAGAGUUAAUCGAUGUGUGUGCCAUAUUGAAAGUGGAAAUUCUAAUGAUGGGUUACUUGUUGGAACGUGUUUUGAUAGUGCGCGAUCGUUUGCAACGGCAUCAGGAUGUGCUCUGUGAAUUUGUCAAUGCUGUUCUUAUAGUGGAAAGUAACGAUGCACAGCCUAAAAUGCGUUUUAGCCUUUCACCACCGCCGCAGAAAGCUAUUACCGCCAGCGUAACCUCAACCAAGAGUAGCACAAACAUUGACAUUAGCUCCAGCUCCAGCACCAUCACCACCGCGGCUACAACCAGCACCACCAAAACAACAACAACCACUUUCUCCACCACCACCACCAACAACAAAAAUAAUAUGCUGGGUCAUGAGGGGAACAGCUCAAAUUCAGCUGCCUCUAUUUCUGCAUCAGCUGACGAAGAUGCCGCCUCGGAUUAUAAUCAAUGGCUGCAUGCCAUGAAACUGGUGGCUCGUCUACCAGGAGGCACACCACCCGAGUUUCGUCGCAAGCUCUGGCUCUCGUUGGCUGACAAAUAUCUCAAGUCCAAGAAUGUUGAUUGGACGCAGCAGCGUGAGAAAUGCUUUUGCGAGGAAUGGCGUGAAGAUGACGAAGAGCUGGGCAUACAAAUUGUCAAGGAUUUGCAUCGCACUGGUUCUAAUUUGUGCACUGGUCCCGCGGGCUCCAUUAACCAGGCCAAGCUGAAGCGCAUUCUACUCGGCUAUGCCCGCUAUAAUCCCGAGGUGGGCUAUUGUCAGGGCUUCAAUAUGCUGGGUGCUUUGAUUCUACAAGUCAUGGACAAGGAAGAGGAGGAGUCCAUGAAGGUCAUGAUCUAUCUGGUGGAGGGUGUACUGCCAACGGGUUAUUUCUAUGGUUCAAUGGGCGGUCUUCAGGCGGAUAUGGGAGUCUUUCGCGAGCUUAUGCAAACGAAACUGCCGCGUCUGGCCAAGCAUUUGCAGCGUUUGCAGGGAGGACCCGUUGAGAAUGCCUACGAACCGCCAUUGACCAAUGUCUUCACCAUGCAAUGGUUCCUCACCAUGUUCUGCACCUGCCUACCCAUGUCCUGUGUCCUGCGCGUCUGGGAUCUCGUUCUCAUCGAAGGCAGUGAUGUUCUAUUGCGCACUGCCCUCGUCCUGUGGAGUCUAUUGGAAGAACGUGUCCUUAAUGCUCGCACAGCUGAUGAGUUCUAUGGCAAAAUGGGAUCUUUCUCGAGUGAAUUGCUCAAUGGUCAUCUUAUCGAUUCAAAUGGUCUAAUCGAAAAGGUUGUUAAACUCGGACCCAUUGCCGAUUUGCGUCAUUUGAGGGAUAAACAUCUAUAUAACAUAGCCCCAUUGAGGCAUAAACAAGGCAUACAACUCUAUUACGAUGACGAUGAUACACAUUCGGAUGAGGAGCGCAUGGCAGUGGCUACCGUGUGGGGUUUAAAUUGGGGUCGCCGCGGUUCGGUGGGACCCGGAGCCCCAGCGGGUAGGCAGCCAUCUGAACAAAAGGAUCGUCUGGCCUUGGAUAUAUCGUUGCUGAAGAAGCAAUACGAUCGUCUUCGAGAACGUCAGAAGCAGGCCCAUGUCAUCCUAACUACUGCAUGCUCAACAGCAACUCGUCAAACGCCUUCAGCGCAAAGCUCGGUGCCGGUUAAUCAGUUACUACAGGGUCGACACGCCAUUGUGACCAACAGGGGCAAACGGGUGAGUGCUCCCUUGGGAGCCAUACCUCCAGCCCGAAAGCCUUCACUGCCAGCUGUAUUGCACGGAAACGGAAAGCCUAUGAUGGGGGAGAAGCAGUUGCGACGAGGAGAAACCCUACUCUGGCGGGACACGGACACUAGUCGACGGCGAAGAGACAGCCUCACGUGGAAGGAGAUCAAAGCAGAUCGUGCGGCCAUGCUACGCGAAGGAGUUGAUUCAAGCUCUCUAAAGACCCAGAAACUUCGCACGCGGUUGGGCAAAAGUGACAGUUCGUCUUACAGUGAGGAUAGCGAUGGCGAUCAGGAUGAGAAAGCAGACAACGGUGGUGCUGGUGGUGGCUCUAGUACGGACACCAGUCUCUGUGAUGACGAUGAUCCCAAGUCAAGCGAAAAAAGCCCCAAGCGUAAGGCGAAGGUGGCACGUAAGCUCAAAGAGAAGAGUCAGCAUUUGGGGUCUCGGGAGUCCAGCGCAGAGCGUCAACGACCGAAAUCCUGGGCACCAGGCACGCAUGAGAUACCCUUUAUGUUGAUGGGCAUGGACAGCGGUGAUGAAAAGGAAGCCAAAAAGGAGGAGCAAGACCUGGAGGAAGACAGUGCCACUGAAAGUGGUCGUUUUAGCUAUCCUAAGGAACUAGAUUGGACUCAGGCGGCAGAUAAAGUAGCAAGUUGUGAACUAGAACCAUUGGAUAUUGACAAGAUACUGCCUAACACUGCUAUUUAUCUAAGCACAAUCAGUCUAAGUCCGCCCAAGACGGAAGAUGUGGGAGAUCAGGAUGUGAUAGAGGAACAACCCAUUGUGAAGCAGUUUGACGUUAGUGAUUCUGGGGUAACAAAUCAAUAUUUUGAGCGUGUCAACAGCGUUGAGCGUCCCAAUAGGUUGGAGCUCUCAUACUCUCUAAACGAGGAGGAGGACUCUACAAUGUUAAAAGACGAUCGUCAAAGUUCGGAUUUUGAAUUGAAAAUUGAACCCGAACCUUCCACUUUAAAUAAGGUCCCACAAAUUCGGGAUGAUAACAUACCCGGUGAAAACAAAGAUGACUACAAGGAGCUUUUGAGCAUGACGAUAGAAGAGCAUAAGCCACCAGCAGCUACAAUCACCAGCCAACUGAAUGCGAGUCGAAAGCGUCGGGAUCCCAGGCGUAAAACGCUAACCAGAUCCUCCACAAUCGAGAUUGAGGAACGUUUUCAGGCCCUCGAACGAACACUGAGCCAAGAUCAACCGAUUCAUAAGUACAUACCGAGCACUGCAGCUCUCGAAGAACGCUAUAAUAGUCUAGAAAAACAGUUGAGUGCCGAGAAACAGCGGAAGGAGGAGGAUCUGGAUCGUAUACCUUCUACAGCUGAUCUAGAAUCACGAUUUGAUGCCUUAACGAAACAAAUGAGUUCCAGCGAAUCGAGCAAUUCCAAGGCCCCACUCGAUCUUAAUAAAGAUCAGCAGCAGCCUGGCGAGAAAUCCAAAGAAACAGAAAGAAAAUCAAACAAAAACCAAAGCAAAGAAGGGGAGAAACAAACCCAAUCGGAACCUAAAGAAACUGCAUCGGAAAAGGAAAGUCCUGGCCAAAAAGAAGAAACCAAAGAAAUUGAAGAAGAACAACAGCCACGUCUCAAGAAACUGCCCUCUACAGCCGAACUUGAGGAUCGAUUUAAUGCUUUAGAACGAAAAAUGAGCGUACAAAAAUCUAGUUCGGCAAAGACAAAGAAAGAGCCACCCGAUGAAGAAAAACCUGCCCAAAAAACUGAAGCUCAAACAAAGGAAACUAAAUCUAAACAAGAAUCAAGCCCACAAAAGACUCCAGAAAACAUAGAGACAAGUGAAAAGAGCACGAAAAUCAGUAAGGAUUCAAAUGAGGUUAAGGAUAAAGCCGAUGAGGUAAAACGAAAAGUUCCACCUUCAACCGAGGAGUUGGAAAAGCGUUUCAAUGCUUUGGAGAAACAACUUAGUACAACUAAUUUGGAAGCUGAGCAACCUACUACUUCUAAGGCAAAGGAAAUCAAAUCAGAAUUACCCAAGCAAACUGAAAAUGUAAAAGCGAACAAGCAAGAAAUUCAAUCACAAAAAUCCAUCAAGUCUUUCGAUGAAAAAGUUAAAGUUAUUAAUACAAAAUUAACAGCCGAUGAGCAGAAAAUCCAAGACCACGACAAAUUGGCCGAAGAAAAACGUAAAAGUCUUGAUGAGAAAAGUGAAAGAGCCAGUGGUCAGUUAAAAGAAAUGUUGCCUGAGAAUGAAACCAUUAAAUCAAAGACAUCUCAACCUGAAGUCGUCCGGGCUGAUGUUCAACCCAAAGAACUGGGUAAGCGAAGAGCUUCCGAACCACCAUCAACAGAAGAUUUGGAGAAACGCUAUGAGACACUUAAGCGUCGCAUGAGUAGUAAAAAUCAUUUUGGUAAUCUAACAGAAUCAGCAGAUGAGUCCAUGUCAAGGCGAGAUCAAGAAGUAAUAUCCGAGACUUUAGAGACUGGAGAGCCGGAGAGAAAACAAUCACCGCCGACAACAGAAUAUCUGGAAAGUAGGUAUGAGAAGCUACAUGGGGAAAACAAGAAAACAACGCCCAAGAAAGUGGAUGUGGCGAUUGAGGCGCAUAUAUCACCACCACCAGCUCCGCCACCACCUCCAAAGCCGAAUAUCCUAGCUGAUCCGGCUAUGCAUAAGCAACGAGCUCUCAUUGAAGAGCUACAGGCGAAAAUUCAAGAGCAAGGACAGUCCACGCCUGGUGAAGAGAAUCUCAAGCCCAGCGAGAUAAAUCCACAGCGCAAACAGAGGCAAGAGCAACAACGUCUGCUACAACGGCCCACGACAAUGGGAGAUGAGACCUCGGAAGCACCUGCAAAGACCGCUUACUACAGAUCGGGAAAUUACGAACCCUGGCAGCAGCAGCACCAGCAGAAGCAGCGAAUGGUUCGUCGUUUCUCUGAUUUGCCAUCAAGAGCCGAUCUAGAAAAUCGCUUACAAUUCCUGGAGAAGCAAUUGUACAAGAAAUUCUACAAGCAGCGCUGUGCAAGUGAUUCCGAAGUUGCAUCGCGGACGAUCGAUGACGAAAAGCCCAGCACAUCGGCAGCCCGUGUGGCGGAAGUUCAGCUGGAGCAACGUGUCCUGGCCCUAGAGAAGCAAUUAAGUGAGAAUAGUCUAAAGCUGCUAGAGGCCAUGCGUGUCAACGUGCCCAACGUCGAUGGCGGCUCUCCGCGAAGACUAAGCACGGAUACGAUAGAUGCCACUGGCAAGGAACUGGUGCGGUAUACACAGAACUUUGGUGAGCUGGACGAGUUGGGUGGAGAUGGCUCAAAUAAGCCCAUUAACAUUAGUAUCAAUAUCAAAAUGAUGCUCAACAAGGAACAGCAACAACAACGACAACAACAACAGCAGCAGCAGCAGCAGGAGGAAAAGGCAGACACUAGGACCAGCACAGAGGAUUUAAGGAUGCGCUUGGAGCAAUUGGAACAGCAAUUGAUGGAAGAAAGAGCCAAGAACAAUGGUUUUGUGGAUGUCGAAAGUGCUAAUGAUGGCGGAGCAGGAGAGGAGGCAAAGCAAUUGGAUAAAUCCGAAACUUCAGUACCGGAAGAACUAGAGGAAAAUAAAAAGCAAGAGAAGGACAGUCACAAUCAAACGGUAAAAAGUGAUGAAGCUGAAAUGACAGAAGAUCCAAUUGUGGCCACCACCGUGGAAACCAUUGAGCCGGAGACAGUGAAAGAAACAAAGACCUUAGAAAACGAGGAGAUAGCUCAAGCAACCCAAGAGAAAGCUGCAAAAGCUGAGGAGAUCGAAGAGACAACCAAAGAUAAAAUAAAUGAAUCAUCUGAAGUCAUUCCUAAAGUGGAGGAAACUAAACCGCCAACAGAAACAGAAACCCACUGCGAAGAGAAAACUGUAGACUCUGACAAGAUUAUUGUCAAUGCCAGCUCUAUUGAACCUCCGGUGGAUCCCAAUAAUAAGACCGUGGUCCUGCUUAUGGAUAACGAACCUAGAGCUUCGAGAGUGCGCCGUUUGACCCGCGCCAAUACCGAAGAACUGGAAGGUCUAUUCCAGGCUUUAGAAAAACAACUGCAGGAUCGCAAUCUAAUCAAAUCUGAAGAUGGGCGGUUAAUACGAGCAAGUACGGAACAGAAACAAACUGCAGAACAAGUAGAACAAGCUCAGGCUAUAAGCGAUCUAACUAAGGAAAUCGAAGACUUUACCAGCGGUAAACCAGACGCAAAAAGUGAAGGCGAAACAAAGGAAGAUAAGCCAGCAGAUGGCGGCGAAGAACCCCCCGACGAUUAUGAUUGGGGUCCCAAUCCGGUUAAGCAUCAUUUGAAACGCAAAACCGUAUAUUUGCCUUCAACCAAAGAGCUAGAGGCUCGUUUUCGGUCACUGGAACGUCAAAUUAAACUACUCGAAGAUGUGGAGAAAAUCGAUGUGGAGCAGCGCUUAAAUGAAAUUGAACGAAAGAUUAAACUGCAGUAUUCCUUGUCACAUGAGAAAGAUUUAAAUAAAUAUCUAGAGCUCUGCGAAGGCAAGGGCUUAGAUGAGGAAGAGGAGCCUAUUGUAGAUGCAUCUCCUCCUUUAACCAAGGAUACCCAGCGGUCCCGUAGUCCAGCACGUAAAGAAGCUUCAAAGUCGCCAUAUACUUCACCAUCGCGUAAGGCAGUUGCAAAAUCUCCUCAUACUUCUCCUGCACGUAAGCCAGCUACAAAAUCUCCUUAUACCUCGCCUUCCCGUGCUAGUGACAAAAAGCGGAGCCCUUAUACCUCGCCAGUACGUCGACAGGCGCAUCCCGGUGAUUUACCCAUCUCCGAUGACUUGGAGUACAAGUAUCGUGUGCUUGAUCUGGUACGUUCCAAAUCCAAGGAGAACUUGUCGAAGCGUAAAACUGAUCCCAAUAAAAAGCCGCCCAUUCAUCCUCUUGAAAUGCUACUUGAUCCGAGUCCCGAUGACAGCGAGAUACCCACAACAGGGGAACUGGAGCACCGCAUACGUCUGCUGGAUGAAAAGCUAAAGUCGCCCUGCCGCCAUAAAUCUCGCUCACGUUCACCCACCAUCGAUGACAUGAAACGAAAGAAGCUCUUGGAGGAAAAGCGACCCAAAUCGCCGGUUCAUACAUUGGAACGUUUGGUCAGUUCACCUAACAGACCAGAGCCACCCACUGAGGAGGAACUAGAACAGCGAAUGCGUGCCUUGGAAGACGAAAAGCGUUUCGACUUCAAGACCCAAAAGGAUUACAAGGCAUUCAAUCAAAAGCUUAAAGAUGUCAUCUCACCUUCCCUAUCUUUCGAAGAGUUCAAGGCGGCCAAAUCGCGUGAACAGAGUCCACGGCGUCAAGGAGCCACAACACCCAAAUCAGCAAUGCGACGCGACGAUACAGAUGAUUACCGAGGACGCGAGGAGACACCCCAUUAUCGGCCCACUAGUCCUAAGGUGAUACGCUUUCGAGAUGAGGAUGAGGAUUAUUACAAGGAGAGCCAGCGUCCGAAGUCUCGACAGUCCAGCGAACGAAUGGUGGGCACCACAAAUCUCGUUUUGCAAUGUAUUGAGGAGAAUACUAAAAUUCUUCAACGUAUUCUUAAGAAGACUCUUGCAGAUCGCAGCUACAGCAGCAGCAUUGCAGCAGCAACGGCCAGCAGCUCCGAGGGUCUCGAUGCCCUGGGUAGUCGCCUAAUGAGAGAAACCUCGCCAAUUACCCGCACUGGGACUCAUACUGGUGUGCCGUUACGGACUGGAGAGAAUAUCAAUGAUCGUCUAAGUUCUAUCAAGGAUACCAUCAAAUCCAUUGACACUCUAUGCGAGGAGAAACCGUAUCAGAAGGAGAAAUGCCAACGUUAUAUUGAUUCCCUCUUCUCAGAUUCAUUGCAUUUCGGUUGUAAGAAGAAUUCCAUGGAGGAGCUAACGCACAGUCGCAGCGAGAGUCGAGGACGUACAGCACAACGAUCGAGUGACUAUACGCCGGCCAUUCGAGUCACCUCAGAGCAUCGAUCUCUGGGCUCGGCCGACUCGAAGCGCACAAGUCCAUUGCGGGCAUCCAGUCCGUUGCAUCAUCAUCGCUCGCAUAGGGAUAUCAGUAGGGAGUUAUCGCCGCGCAGGCGUCGUGAUGCCGAGGAUAUGGAGGAGCGCGAAAGUAGUAGGGUAAGACGUGAUAAUAUGUUGCCAAAUUAUUUUCUCGAUAAUCGUAGCGAUUUAAGUAGCGGCAGUAGUUUAACUAAGUUUCAUAAAGUAGAUAGACAACUAGAAGAAACGUGCGCCAAGUACGAAGCUGACGAUCGACGCUCGGCCAGCAGAACACCAUUGAGUUCGCCAUAUGAGUCCAGAACAACAGCCACACGCUACAACAACAACAACAACACAGGCACAGGGACAACAACAACAACAACCGCCGAUACAUUUCAAAGGCCCGUAUCGCCCUAUCGCCAGCCCUAUGACCCAUAUAGACGUAAUGUGAAUGCCCCAUCCCCGGUUCCGGUUUAUCAGCCAGCAAAGCUGGAAAUUCGUCAUACGACAGUCACAUCAACCUUCUAUGAUCGUUUUCUCACCGAAAAACAAAUUGAGAAGCAAACACUCUCACGUCCACCCAGUCGUUCGCCUGUAGUCUCACCAUCGGCCAGCAUAGCCAAAAGCGAUACUGAUCUGCCGGGCACAGUGAGCAGUGCCUCUGCUUCCGCUUCCGCCUCACAAUUCGCUUCCUCCUACUCCUCCGCCGCCUACAAGCCCACAGUAACCACCGCAAUCAUGUCCAGCAGUUAUGCUGGUACUGCCACCUCACAUUUUACUUCUUCGUUGCCCACAAGCAAUUAUUCAUAUCUCAUGAGCACUUCCACCAACGCCACCACCACCACCACCUCUUCCUCCUCCACUACUGGUGGUUCGUCUGGGGGAUAUGUGCCAUAUAAUUUCAGCAGCUCGUUUAGCAAUCGUCAUAGUGAUCCAAUUGCCAAUUCUUCUGGCAUCUCGAGCGGUAGCACUGGUGUCUAUAAUCCCAUGAUGUCGUUCACUUUGCGUGAACCAACAAGUGCCUCGGGCAGUCUCUUGGGUCAAUAUGCCUACAAAAGUAGUUUCGUCUCCAACUACAGUUCGUCAUCCAAUCAAAUGCCCAAGUCACCAUCCACCAGUGAUCAGGACAAGCUAUAGACGACGAGAAUACAACAAUAAUUCCAUAUACUCUUUAGCACUUGGUUAAAUUGAAGGUUGUCAUUAAACACCAAAAAAAAACACAUCAACACAGCGCUCAACUAGAGAAAUUUUACUCCAGCUAAAAGCAAUAUACAGAUAUAUAUAUACACACACCACAUACAUACAUAUAUACUUAUAU